UACCGUACUGCUUCAUUAAAAUUUUUUUCCUCUGAGAAAUCAUGAAAAAUGAGAUGAAUCUGGAAAAACAAGUACAAACUGGAUGUGUCAAAUUCGUUUAGGGCGAACUGUCUCUUGUGUUAAAACGUCGCAAAGGCUUUCUGCCUUUAAGCAAAAUGUCCCAAACCGAAGUGCCCUAGCGUCCGAUUGUCCCCGCGAUAUGUUUUCGCGGCGCAAAGAAGGCGUCGAAUUUAAUUGCGUCGAAAUAUCCGGGUGUUUAAAAAUACGUUUCCGUACAUAGAAAAAAUGAAAAAAUUAAUGUGAGACAUGAAGGAGGAACAAACAGUACAAAAAGGCGAAAUGCAUCGAGAAUUGGCGGAACAGCGGGAUGCAGCGAGUGGCGACGGAAAUGGCUUCAGUGUGUCUAGGUCAUCGAGUGCGUACUGUUUCGGUAUUGCAAAUGUGGAACGCACCGUCCAAACCAUGAAGCGUCGCAUCGGCGAUACCAGGGAUAAAUUAUCGCCUAUCGCGGAGCCAAAAGCUCUUCGCUGCGCCGUGGUAACCUGCGAUAAGUCAUUGGAUGAAACCCAGCAGAACCAGGCCUGGAUUAAAUGUACGCGCUGCUUGCACUCCUUCCAUCUUCAGUGUGCUAGUGUGUCAACGAUCGCUCUUGGAACGCGGCGAGGGGCUGUCUCUAAUACGUGGAUGUGCCGAUACUGUGCUAAGCAAGCUCGUCCUUCCAAAAAACCACGCAAAUAAGCAAACUGCUGAGCGUUGAUUGGUCGCCCAUAAAGAAGGAAGCCCAGCUUGUGAAUCAUUUUUGCUUUUGUUUUCCGCUCUCAAGCACUCUGUGUGUGCCAUGUUUUCUUUCGAAUUCAGCAUUUACCUAAUCCAUGAUGCCUGUCGAAGUCCCUUGGUUCCAGAAGAGAAUCCGUUUUUUUUUUAUUCUUUGAAGCAUAUUAGCAGCUCUCUCUUAAGUGUUGCAUACAUUAGGCUGCUAGCUGUAAACCGCUUACGUUCUUUGAAAAAAAAAUUUUUUGUAACGUUUUGUGGUUGCACAAAACUGACGUAUUA